AAGUUCAGGCUAUUAUGGAGGAAAAUUGUAAAAGUGAAUUUGACAUGUUAUGUGUUUGGUUCUAAAAAUAUUCCUCACUACAAUGAAUGGAAGCCAGAUUCUGCGCAGUAAGGAAAAGUUUCGUCGGAAGACAAUGUGAAACAAAGGAAGGUGUCGUGUGAUGUUAAACUGCUGUGAUUGUUAAAAAUUAAUUUAUCCUGGUCAAAUCAGCGAAAAAAUAUUCUUCGAAAUCUAAGAUUUUAUAAGAAACAACUAAGAUUGUUUAUAUAUAACGACGCUAUUUUUUGUUAGUAAUAGUUUUCAACAUAAAGUUUUUAUAUUAACCAGUUCUGUGUUCAUUAGUAUGCACUUUAGAAAUUUAAAUUUCAUGCAGUCUCAUCGAGUCGGGAGCAGUUAUUAUUCAAAAUAAUAUUUAAUUACAUCCAGCAAGUGCAUCAAUAUAAUCGUUUGAUGCAAAUCUCUUGAGAAAAAGAUGAAACUCACAGCGGGGGACGAACUUGUUAGUGCGGCAAAAAUACUCUUUACAAAACUGAUAACGGAUGGCAACCGGAUACCUUGCGACAGUGGUAGCGGAGCAGAUAUUGAGCUCAAACUUCCUCAGUGGUACGAUGAAGCAAAGUUUAAAAGGGGCCAGAAAUACUUCUUCGAUAACCGUUUCGGCAUGAUGCAGUCAAACUUUGUCGGACUCAUCACACUGCUCGCCGAACCGAAGGGAUUGACGAUUUUGCACAACACCGGGCGAUCUAGUACUCCGGAAACGGCUCGUAAACGUUACAUUUCCACCACGCUGCACAUGCUGUCGUGGUACGAGAUUGACCUUUCACCAGGAUCCAAAUCCUGGGCUUCGCUGAAUCGGGUUCGUAAAAUGCACAAGAACGCUUCAAAUCGAUCGGAGAAGAGCAAAACUGGGAUAAUUUCGCAAACGGAGAUCGCGUUGACCACGUUUGGAUUCAUGGGAUAUGCGUUGGUUCGUCCGCAUUUGCUUGGGAUUAAGUACGACAGUGAGGAGGAUCGAGAAGGGCUGGUUCAUUUUUGGGCCGUGAUUGGUUCAUUAUUGGGCGUAAAGGAUGAAUACAAUAUCUGUCUACCAAAGCUGGCAGUGGUGGAGAUGAUUUGUCAAAUGUGCAUUCGAUAUCUUUUCAUACCUCUGCUUCAAUUCGAAUCACCACUGUUUAAGCAAAUGGCAUCAGCGGUUGUCGAAGGUUUAGGAGAGUUUACGCCAUUCAACUCUUACGAUAGUUUGAUGUACUUUGUUCGGCGAGUCGCAGGGAUUCCAGGUUACCAGUUCAACGUAGAUAUGGAGAAAGAAAUUAUCUGUCGUCGAAUCUAUAGUUUGGGAGAGCUGCACGAUUUUAAAAAGCAAUUUACGGAUGUUGAAGGCUACGAGUACAUCGAAAAUGCUAUUUUUGACGAAAAGGUGAUGCUCUACAAUGUGGUUCAAGUAUCGGAUAUUACAGUCAACGAAGCCACACUUGCCAACGGAACCGUUACUGGGGUUUACAACGAGCUAAACGAAGAUGGUAACAAAAAGAAAGCGGCUUUGGAAGAUUUGCUACAGCUCAAGCACAAUGAACAAUUGGUGAUAACUACGGUAGAAGAUGAGUCCGAAUGGAAAAGUUACCUCAACGACUCGAAGCUGAAACAGUUGUCCAGUAAGGAUUUGGGAUAUUUCAAGUUCAAAUGUAGAUUAUCCGAAAGCUGUUAUUCCAAAAUUGGAAAUUUCAUCAACGAAUCAGUGCUCAGCCUGAUGCUGUAUCGCAUGCGAAAGGCUCAUGUGUAGUUGCCAAAAUGUUUAGUACAAUCUGACCAAAGUGGAAUCUGACUAAAGUGGAAUGCCUUACUUAGUAACUGUGAUGAAGUCAUUGUAAAUGCACACGUGUUUAAAAGCAAUAAAAGAUUUCCUUUUUGUUUAAGUUAUCAA